UUUGACGAUGACACAUCCUCCGACUGGUUAACUUUAAAAUCUAAUGUGUACAUCGAACUUUCCAAAAACAAAAAGAUCAUCAUUUUCGUUGCUUUCAAAGCCAUGGAAGACAAGAUUGUCUGUUACGUUAGAUUCCCAGUUGUCAUUCUUAUGAUCUGGUUUUCGUUCUUGAACGGUGCCGUAUCUGAAGUCUACAACGUUGGCGACGAAAACGGAUGGAACUCGGAGGUUGACUAUGCUUCCUGGUCGGAGAAAUACAAUUUCACCGUAGGCGACAUUCUAGAGUUCAAAUAUAACAAGGGGCAACACAAUGCCUUCGAAGUGACGGAAUCUACGUUCCGAACGUGUGAAACGAGCGGUGGAGUUUUAGCAAAGUACGAGAGUGGUGAAGAUAAAGUGAAGCUGAAUGAAUCAAAGAAGUAUUGGUUCGUCUGCAAUGUAACUGGUCAUUGCCUCGGGGGAAUGAGGUUUGGGAUCCAUGUCAAACCAGGAAACACCACUACUGAUUCGGAGCCAGCUCCAUCGGCCAACUCUGCCUGUAUUCCUGCUUUUGAUUCUUGGAGUUCUGGUCUUCCCCUUUUUGCAUUUGGGAUUCUGCUCUGUUUGUCUUCUUGA